CACACACAAGCCUAUAAACAAAACAAACUCUCUCUCUCUCUCUCCCUCACUUAUAGCUACAUAGAGCUCCUCUGUGUGCCUCUCUGCCCAAACCUUAAUGGACUCGAUCUGAUCAAAACCCACCUCCCAAAACCCUUUCCCGAUCACCCUCUUGGCCUCUGAAUCAGCAACCCGAUUCGGAUCGAGACCUCUUGGAGGAGCUCCAGGUGGUAGCGGGGUAGCGAUGUCGACUCCUGCAAGGAAGAGGCUGAUGAGAGACUUCAAGAGGCUGCAACAGGACCCGCCUGCAGGGAUUAGUGGGGCACCCCAAGACAACAAUAUAAUGCUGUGGAAUGCCGUUAUAUUUGGGCCUGAUGAUACCCCUUGGGAUGGAGGCACGUUCAAGUUGACUCUUCAGUUUACUGAAGAUUAUCCAAACAAACCACCAACUGUGCGAUUUGUAUCUCGGAUGUUUCAUCCAAAUAUCUAUGCCGAUGGAAGUAUCUGUUUAGAUAUUUUGCAAAAUCAGUGGAGUCCUAUCUAUGAUGUGGCAGCUAUACUUACGUCUAUCCAGUCACUACUAUGUGAUCCGAACCCGAAUUCUCCUGCAAAUUCAGAAGCUGCUCGCAUGUUUAGCGAGAACAAGCGAGAGUACAAUCGAAGAGUUAGGGAAAUCGUGGAACAGAGUUGGACAGCAGACUGAGUCCUUCAUAAGGUGCUGGGAGGGCAGUCUGAAUAUGUCCGGAUGCAUAUGCUAUAAGUGGCAUUGCUAGUUUGAGAAAAAGAUUGUGCAAACUUAUCAACAUUUAUCCUGUAUUUCGAUAUUUUCCUCGGAUUAAGACUCUUAGGAUUGUUUGGUCUUUUCAAUUAUGUCUUGCCCACGUUGCUUGGUGGUUGAGCUCUUGUAAAAUAGAAUGUGUGUAUCGAUUUGCAUUGGUUUGUUAUGAACUUCAUUCAGUAUCUACAAUAGUAUCAUUCUGUUAUUUUGAAGC